CAAAGGUUUGCUCAAAGUUUUAUUGUUUUUUUGGUACAAAGUAAUCAAGACAUACACACAAUGUUGUUUUCAUUCGUAGCAUCCUUACUUUGUCUUUUCGCAUCCGUGUGGGGGUCUGCUCUCACCUUUACAUUGGGGGCACAAGAGACUUCAUGUUUCUACAUUUUCACCACUAAGCCAAGAACGUCAAUCAGUUACUACUUUGCCGUGCAAAGUGGUGGAGCAUUUGAUGUUGACUACACCAUCAAGAACCCACGUGACGAAGUGAUUGUCCUGGAAGACAAGCAAAGACAAGGUGACUUUGUUUUCACUGCUGAUUUGGUAGGUGAAUAUGAAUUUUGCUUUGCUAACGAUAUGUCAACUUUUGCUGAAAAGGUGGUUGAUUUUGAAAUUAAGUUUGAGUCAGAAGAAGGUAUGGAUUUCAAGGCUGAUAUGCCAGAUCAACCAAACUCUAAGCCAAUUGCCCACGUAGAAAGUAUGCAAUCCACUGUGGAUUCCAUUGACAGCCAAUUGGACGGUCUUUUGAGAACUUUACAAUACUACAAGACUAGAAACAACAGAAACCAAGCCACUGUCAAGUCUACUGAAUCCCGUAUCUACUACUUCUCUAUCUUUGAAGUGUUAUUGAUGGUUGGAAUGGCCGCAUUACAAAUUACCAUUGUUCAAUUGUUCUUCAAGGGAAGCAGAAAGCAAUUGGUUUAAAUAAUUUAUAUCAUGAAAAUAUUUUAAAUAUUAUUAAAAUUGAAAUGAAUAAAAAAGCAAACAUUUAAA